AUGAAUCCGAUGGAAAUUCAACAACAACUAAUUGAUCAACGACGUGGUCGUUAUGUACGUGUCAGUGAUAUUGACCGACGACAAUUGAUUGAAACAUAUAGAAAAGGGGAAGAUUUUAUAGCACUUGCUAAAAAACUUAAUAUUAAACGAUCAACAGCUCGCAGUAUUCUUCGAACUUACAUUGAUGAAGGACGUAUCUCAGCAAAACAACGCGCUGGUACACGUCUUCGUUUUAUAACUGAAACAGAAGCUGAAAUGAUACGAGAAAUGAAACGACGUCAUCCGUUAAUAACAAUUGGUCAAAUUCAAAUGCGUCUACAACGUACAUCAAAUCGUGUUUUAAGUAAAGCAUCUAUAUCGCGUAUAUUAACAAAUAGUAUACGUUUGGGUAAGCGUGCUAAGCGUUCAGUUGACGGUGAAACUGAUGAUCAAGAUGGAAUGAAUACAAGUAUGAUCAAUGGUCAAGAUGAACUUACUCAGUUGUCUUCCGAUGAGGGCGCAGGUGGAGGUGUUUAUAUUGAUGAUGAAAUUGAUGAUGAUGACGAUGAUGACGAAGAAGAAGAAGAAGAUGAUGAAGUUAUCGGAAAGAAUUCAUCGAUACAAAAUCUUGACGAUUUUCAACGUUUUAUGUUACGUAAAACUAGUAUUAAUGAAGAUGAAUCAAAUGGUAAUGAAAAUAUAUCGUAUACUACAAAAGAGCAACUCGAUGAAAAUGGUAAUCCUUCAUAUCCAAUCUAUCCUAGUGAAGAUGAAGACGGCUUAUCAGAAAUGGAUGAAAAUGAAACAAAAUCUUCAGUCGAUCUUCCAUUACGUCCUCCUUCUACACAUAAUACUAAUCAAGAAAAUCCUCCUAUUUCAAACGAAACCGUCAGUUGGACUCCCAUAAAAUCUGAACCUGUUUGUGUAUUUGUUAAUCGAAAUUUCGAUUCAUCUGAUAGCGAACAUGUCACUAAUAUUGAUGAUGAAACGAAUAAAAUUAUUCUCAAUACGCAAUCAACAGCAAAUCGUCGUGUUAAAACAUGCCCAAUAUGUGAUGAGAAAAAUUUUUCUCGACUUUCUCAUCAUCUUACUGUUGCACAUAAUCUUAAUCGUGAAGAAAGUUUAACAUUACUGGCCUAUGCAGAUCGUAACAAUAAUAAUCAUAAUCAUACGAACGCUCGUCAUUCUUCAAUGGCAACCGUUAGCGGUAGUUCACCAAUAAAUUCAGUCGCAAAUCAUAUUGACAAGAGUCCUCAACAAACUCCAAUUACUAUUAAUACAAAUAAUCAACAGAUAACAUCGUCUGGUCCAUCACCACCUGUGACCGAUUCUGAUAAUAACAAUAAUAAUAAUCAUUUAACAACAGCAACAGGUUCAUCACCGUAUGAACAACAAUCAUCCAAUUAUUUACCUAUCGAUGGUAAAAAACGUUUAUUAUGUCCACGUUGUAAUACAUGGGUAUUGAAUUUAACCGAUCAUUUAAUAAAGAAACAUCACUUGGUAUCAAAACAAGAACGUUUACCAUUUUUACGUUUAGCACGAAAUCGAAAUUCAACAAUGAAUACAGAAAAACCAGCAACUAGUCCAUUUUUUAUUACUUCAAAUGAUCAACAAACUAUUUCAGCAGCGAAUAAAAAAUAUCAAAGUAUAAUAAAAAAAUAUCGGAAACAAGAUACAACUGCUAUUUCGAUAUCGUCACCUUCAUCGUCAAUAGCAAAUCAUGAAACAUCAUCAAAUAAUGUUAAUCAAAAUUUCUUAACAAUAAAUAAUUCAUCUAAACAAAUUCUUCCAUCAAGAAACUCAAAUAUCACUAAAGAUGUUUCUAUUCAGCAAAAAUUUGAACAACGUUUAUCUGUAUUUCGCCAACAAUUUGCUGUUACAAUUACAAUGCAAAAUUCUCUAAUGCAACAAAUGGAAUUAUUACAAAGAAGUUUUGUUUCAAUUGAAGAUGAAUGGAAUGAUAUGAGAAAAGAAAUUGUUCAAUCUGUAUCUUAA